AUGAAUCCACAACCCCCAACCCCACCAUCAAACGUCGACAUGACGCCACCAUCCGGCCCCGCAGCCCUCGGCGAUCCUGGCUCCUCCAACACCACCACCACUGCCGCCUCAACCACAAUCGCCGCCCCGCCCAAAGAACCAUCGCGGACGGACAUUGCACUCAGGCCGUUCAUGGCCGACCCAGCCAAAGUCGAGGCGCGAAAGUCCUUGGUGGUGCUCGUGGUCGAAGACAACAAGGUGAACCAAAAGCUGGCACGCAUACUGCUCUCCAAACUGGGCUAUCAGGUGCAGAUUGUCGAGCACGGGAAGGCCUGCUUGGAUUACCUGGAGAGGACGGCGUUGUGGCGCGGUCCAGCCCCUCAGGCCGCAGAGGGUGGAGGUGCGGUGGUGGGGGCCGGAGGUAGUACGGGAGGGGCGGCGGCGGGCCAGGGAGGAGACGGUGGGGGAAAUGACGGAGAAGCGGAGGAGCUGCCGACGCCUGCCGUCAUCCUUCUCGACAUCUCUAUGCCCAUCAUGGGUGGCUACGAGACAAUGGGGAAGAUUAAGGAGUGGGAACGUGAGGGUUGGCUGGUGCGACGCCUACCCAUUGUGUUGAUGGGUGCGGCCAUGAUCGGCGGCGAGUAUUAUCUCAAGGAGAAAAAAGAGGCGGACGACUUGAUUCGCAAGCCCUUAAGGGCGGUGGAAGUAGCGGAGAAGGUAGAUGGAUGGGUGGAGAAAUUUGGAUAUGAUGGAAGAAAUGGAGUAGAUGUGGGGGAGUUUACAAGGAUGAGGAUUGGGGUCAGCUGUGAGUAG